AUGCGAGGAAAAUUCCGCGUCUGCGAGACCGCAAAUACGGAUAAGGAGGUCGCAGGUGCGCUGGAGCCGCAGAAGCGGACAACUUCUCGCAGAAGCAUGUUUGCAGAAGUGGAUAGGAAAUUGCAGAAAUGGAGGGAUAGGAUGAAAGAUCCGCACAUAGUGUUUAUUGACCUGGAGAAAGCAUAUGAUAGGGUCCCUAGGGAGGUUCUCUGGAGAUGCCUGGAGGCAAAAGGUGUGCCGGUAGCUUACAUUAGGGCGAUCAAGGACAUGUAUGAUGGAGUUAAGACUCGGGUUAGGACAGUGGGAGACGACUCGGAGCAUUUCUCGAUUUUUAUGGGGUUACAUCAAGGAUCUGCGCUCAACUCAUUCUUAUUUGCCCUGGUGAUUGAUGCACUGACACACCACAUUCAAGAGGAGGUGCCAUGGUAUAUGUUAUUUGCUGACGACAUAGUUCGGAUUGAUGAGAUGCGAGGCGAUGUUAACGACAAACUGGAGGUUUGGAGGCACACCCUUGAGUCUAAGGGUUUCAAAUUGAGCAGGACCAAGACAGAAUAUUUGGAAUGCAAGUUCAGCGCCGAGUCGGGGGAAGUGGGAAUGGACGUGAGGCUUGGAGCACAGAUCAUCCCCAAGAGAACGGGAGCUGGAUCUGAAGAUGUACCUGCGUUUCAGUCAUUGUUGCCUCUUAUUCAUG